AUGACCCGACCCGAGCGGGAGCUGGACAUCACAUACUGGCUGCUCGACACGCGCUCGCUAUGGCCCGGCACCAAGAUUGCUGAAGCGGCCGCCGCCGAGCUCCAACUCAUCAGCCCCGAGGAGCGCGACGCCUGCACGCGGAAGUACCAUAUUGCAGACGCGCGCAUGAGCCUGGCCUCGGCGCUCCUCAAGCGGCUGUUCGUCUCCAAGACGCUCGGCAUCCCCUGGACGCAGGUGCGCUACGGGCGAAAGCGCGACCCGACCCACGGCAAGCCCUGCGCGCUGCUCCCCGACGGCUCGCAGGCGCCCGUCGAGUUCAACGUCUCGCACCAGAACGGGCUCGUCGCGCUGGUGGGCAGCAGCUCCCCCGAUGCCGAGCUCGGCGUCGACAUCGUGCACACCAACGAGCGCCGGGCGUACACGUACAAGCUGAUCGACCGUGAAGGCCUCGACGGCUGGGUCGACGUCUACGAGGACAUCUUCAGCGACGAGGAGUGCUGGGACAUCAAGUACAACGUGGACCCGUUCCCGCUGCUCGACGGCACCGAGGUCACCGCCGAGAUGCUGGGCCGUCACGACCGCGUGUGCCAGCGCGGCCAGCCCGUCGUCGCGACGCUGCCGUCGGGCGAGAAGCGCGCCUUCAGCUCCGACCUCGUCAUCGACGCCAAGCUGCGCAAGUUCUACGUCUACUGGUGCUUCAAGGAGGCCUACAUCAAGCUCGACGGCGAAGCCCUGCUCGCCAAGUGGAUCAAGGAGCUCGAGUUCAAGAACGUGCGGGCCCCGCGCCCGGGGAGCCCCGCGCGGUGCGCGAGCUACGGCACUUGGGGCGAACGCGUGAGCGACAGCGAGGCCUGGCUCAAGCGGAAGCGACUCACUGACGUGCGGCUCGAGAUCCAGAGCUUCGAGGAGGACUUCAUGAUUGGGGUCGCGGCGAAGCCCGCGGAGCGGCUGCCGGAGUACCUGACGGACUUUAAAAGCUUGGAUCUCGAGGCCGACGUUGUGGGGUUUGCGACGCCGUUCUAG